AUGUUGCUCAGUGCUGUGUUUAAAGAUGUUGUGAAUAGUGAUUAUAUUAUUAUUACACAAGCAUUACUUAAAGCAUUAAAGAUUCCAAUCACAAACUCAAAUGCAAUGAAUGAAUGGCGUGAAGCGAUCAAACAAAAGUUCAAAAAUAAACGUCGUCUUCUACAAGAAACAUCAGCAAUUGUCAAAACUAAACAGGAAAAAUUUGGGAAAGGGCAAGGACGUCCUCCGAAGAAAAGUAAAGCAGAAUCGGCUGAACGUAAAAUUGAAAAGCUUAUUUAUGUCGGUGAUUUUAAUGAAUUAAAACCGCUUAUCGGUUAA